UGUUCAUUAGUACCGAACGCUUCCUUCUCACUGUUUUUUUUUUUUUUUUUUCUGGAAAUUGAUAACACUCUAAAAAAGCAUAGAUUAGAAUUGAAGAAUAUCUCACAAAAUGGAAGGCAAUAAUGGUAAAGGAGAGGAGAUUGUGGAUGUUGGAUCGGUGGUUGAAGCUGUUUCUGCUGACGACGGCGCCGCUCCUCUUUACAACCUCGAAAGCCUCUGCAUGCGUUGUGGCGAAAACGGGAUUACAAGAUUUUUAUUAACUCUAAUUCCUCACUUCAGAAAGAUUUUGUUGUCGGCUUUUGAAUGUCCUCACUGUGGGGAGAGGAACAAUGAAGUACAGUUUGCUGGUGAAAUUCAACCACGUGGUUGUUGUUACUCUCUGAAGAUCCCAUCAGGCGAACAGAAGAUGCUCAAUCGAAAAGUGGUAAAAUCAGAGUCUGCUACCAUUAAGAUACCUGAACUGGAUUUUGAGAUUCCACCAGAGGCUCAGCGUGGUAGUCUGUCAACGGUGGAAGGGAUACUAAUGCGUGCUGCUGAUGAACUUCAGGCACUUCAAGAGGAACGCAAAAAAGUGACUCCAGAGACAGCUGAAGCGAUUGAUAGGUUUUUGGUGAAAUUGCGAGCCUUUGCAGCAGUAGAAUAUUCCUUCAUGUUUAUUCUUGAUGAUCCUGCUGGGAACAGCUUCAUUGAAAACCCGUUCGCACCAUCAUCUGAUCCAUCACUGACUAUCCAAUUUUAUGAGCGAACUCCGGAGCAACAAGCAUCACUGGGAUAUCUGGUUGAUUCUACACAAAUUGAAGGAACUCAUGAUGAAGCACCACAAGGGGGAGAAGCAGUGGCUGCUGAUCGAGUGAGGAGAGAACCACAUGGGUCUGUAGGGGCAGCAGCUGGUCAUCGAGCCAUUGCUCAGAGUAAUAGUGCAGAAAUUGCAGAAGCCUUAUUUCGAUAUACUGCACCAGAAGAGGUGAUGACUUUCCCAUCAACUUGUGGUACUUGUGCCACUAUGUGCGAGACCCGAAUGUUUGUCACCAAAAUUCCAUACUUCCAAGAAGUUAUUGUUAUGGCAUCUACAUGUGAUGCUUGUGGUUACCGCAACUCUGAGUUGAAACCCGGUGGACGGAUUCCUGACAAAGGAAAAACGAUUACUCUUUAUGUGAAGAAUGUUAAUGACCUGAGCCGCGAUGUAAUAAAGUCUGAUACUGCAAGUGUAAAAGUUCCGGAACUUGACUUGGAGCUGGCAAGUGGCACCCUUGGAGGAAUUGUUACAACUGUUGAAGGUUUAAUAACAAAAAUUUGUGAAAGCAUUGAGAGCAUCCAUGGGUUUACUUUUGGAGAUAGUCUUGAUGAACAAGGAAGAAGCAAGUGGCUACGCUUUAAAGCAAGGCUAAACAAGCUUCUGAGCUUGGAGGAACCUUGGACUCUAAUUCUGGAUGAUGCAUUAGCCAAUUCUUUUGUAGCACCUGUAACUGCUGAUCUAAAAGACGACAAUCAAUUAAGAAUUGAGGAAUAUGAGAGGUCAUGGGAGCAAAAUGAAGAAUUAGGUCUGAAUGAUAUGGAUACCUCUUCUGCCGAUGUUGCUUAUGAAUCAGCAAAUGCUACUAAAAUUGAGUGAACAAUGUGUAGAACCCUUUCUUUUUUCUUUCCUCUCUUCUCCCACUCCCACCCGAAACAAAUGGAGGGAAGAAACUUUUGUAAGAGGAAGAAUUUUUGUGACGCUUUAUUAUCGAGGAAAUAUAGGAAGGAAAAGUCGGUUGUCUGGAUAUGUAAUGGCUGAUUGAUUUGCUAGUUAUGUUAGCAAGUCCAAUAACUUAUAUCAUCCUUCUGAAAUAGUUCUGUCGUGAAGUGUAAUCUCUUCUGAAAUGGUAAGUUAAUUGCUUAUUUAUAGUUUUUAUGGCCA